AUGAAGGUGCCGUUAAUGAAGGAAAGGACGUCCGGAGAACGGCUAUGCGUCAACUGCGACACUACAUACGUCCCAGAUGGCCAGGGCCUGCGACCAGCCGUAAGACCAAGCCAAAACCAAGCGGGUGCAGAGCAGCCUCAGCUGCGGCAACAGCCAGAGCAAAACGAAUCAGCCUUAGGUGGUGGGGAUCUAUUGGACGAGUACGACCCUCGCGCCGACGCUCGGCUGGGGCCCUUUGCAUCUGCCGGCCAAGCCGGUACUAGCUCAGCACCUGAUGGCGAAUUGGGAAUCGGCAUGGUUGGUGAAGCUAAAACUGAUGGCAGCUUGAGUUCUGUAGCCGCUGCAUCCACAGUCGCAAGUUCUAGGAAUGACGGAGCGGAAUCGGCGACGGUAACUGCGAGGGGUCCCGGACGGACAGACGCUUCUUCGCCACGGACACGAACCACCACACCGGGGGCUCCAGCUGCCAGCCGCAGCGCUGCGGCUGCCGCGGCGGACACCUCUCCCAGCGAUAUUGCGGACCUUCUGGCUGCCAAAAUGCUUCAAGGCUGGGCGCUGCUGGACAAGCACUGUCCCAGGUGCAAUACGGUGCUGGUCAGGUCAAAGGUAAACAAGCGUAUGUUCUGUGUUGCUUGCGAUGCCUGGGUGCUCACAGAGGCUGAUAGUCAGAAACAGCAACAGCAGCAGGGGGAGAAGCAAGCGGAGGAGGGGCCGCAAGAGGAAGACAAAUCACUUGCGGUGGCGCCUGCAGCAGUGCCUGCAGCGGCACCGGUGCCGCAGCCUGCAGCGGCAGCAGUCUGCGUGUCGACCGCCAGGCAAUCACAGCAGGGCCCCCCUGCGUUACCGCCGCAAGAGAACCCACAGCAUGACUGGCACCGCCAAGGCGUCGCCUUCCUGCCGCAGCAUCAUUAUAAUCAUGAACAGAAGAAUAUGCAUAUGCACGUGCAGCUUCCACCCAUGUACGAGCAUUUCCUCACGUCCACGGCUCCUGAGGUUCCGGGCGGCGGGGCCGGGAGCAGCUCUCGAGGCUCGUCUCCGCCGCAGGGGGUCCAAGGGGGUUACCCUUCAACAAGCCACGAGGCGCGUGCCGGUUCGCUAGGGACGCCAGCACAACACCAACACCAAGACCAGCAGCGCCAGUAUCGGUGCCAGCAACCGCAACACGAGGGGCCCAGGCGGCAGGCCCCUUCAACAGGACAUGCGGAGGCACAGGGUACAACAGGGUACAACGGCCCCAGCACGGGUGCCGGCACCAGCAACAGCGAUAGCACCAGCCGGCAACCAAAUGGAACAGCUCUUCUGUUGUCUAUUGGCAGCACGGUUUCGCGCAAGUUAUCAGAGGCGCAGGGGCUGUUGGAGCGGACCUCUGUCCUCGACACGGAGCGAGUUCGUUCCUACGUGGCGCUCAUCAGCGACUGCCUGGACUUGCUAUCCAAAUUGCAUAGCCUGCAGCAGAAGGGGUGAUGUGCUUCCUGGUGGUGAUGAUGAUGAUGACGUCGUCAGCGACUGUGGGCGUGUUGUGUGCGUGCAUGCUUGGGUGGAUGGAACCGUUUUACAGCGUAUCUGCAUUUGCUGUGUGUGCUCAGGGCCUAAUGUUCUUGGGAGCAUCAGUUAUGCUACACGAUGCCCUAAAAAGGCGCCUUCAAACUUGCUGAGGUAGACCGGUCCGUGAAGGAGUACAGCGGGUGAUUCGGCGGUUCUUUGCAUGUACGGACGCUGACAGGGCUUUGCAAUUGGUGGGAGGGGAUGGUUUGAAUGACUUUCCUGAAGGAGAGGAUGCUGUAAUAGUAGUGGGCGCCGGUUGCAAGGCUGUGAAGCCAUGCGUUUGUUGAGCCUCGUUAAUGAGGUGAUGG